AUGCCAACAGUUCGUCAUCCAUCAAUCGAAAUGAAGUUCACCAAACUUCGAAUCAAAAGUCAUAUAUGUGAUUAUGCUCUCGAAGAUUUGUGUGAGAAGUUGUAUGCUGUGCAAAGAAAAUAUGAGGAAAAGAGAGCGGUGAGUGGGAAAAAAUUGGAAAAAAAAAAGUUCGCCCCGAGCAAACCUCGAACUCGGGUCUCCGGAUCGCCAGCGAGACACUCUACCACUUAACCAGCCAUGCUUUUUUGGAACCGCCUUGAAUUUCGUUGAAAAACUCGCCCGGUUUUCGAGCGGAGCGAGUGUAAACCGCAAGCUUCCGCGAAGCGGCACUAUCUUCCGCGCAGCGGCAAAUUAUCUUAACUUUCUAGACUCCGAGCGCUUUGCGCGAGUGUAAACCGCAAGCUUCCGCGUAAGCGGCCCCGCGGAUAACUAGACAAAAAAAUUAAAAACGUUCGCCUCGAGCAAAACUCGAACUUGGGUCUUCUGAUCGCCAGCGAGACACUCUACCACUGAACUAGCCACGCGUUUUUGGAAGAGCGUCAAAUCUAGUUGAAAAACUCGCCUGUUUUCGAGCGGAGCGAGUGUAAACCGCAAGCUUCCGCGAAGCGGCACUAUCUUCCGCGCAGCGGCAAAGUUACGCUAACUUUCUAGAUGUGCUAAGCUCAAAGAGCUCAAUUUCCACAAAUUUUUCAUACACAGUACCCCAUUUUAAAGGAACAUUAUCAUAUUUGCAUUCAAAAAAUCGCAAAUUUUUAAAAUUACAUUUCCAGAGCAACCUAAAACUCGUCAAACAAUAUCAAAAAGAAAAAAGACAUGCUGAAUCGAUGAAAAUCAAUCUGCAAAGAUACAAAGCCGGUGUCGCCGAAAUAAUGGUUCGAGAGCGAGAAAAACUGAAAAACGAGAAAUCACGGAGACGUCACUUCGAAAAAAUGGUGCUCAAAGAGCAACCCGAUUUCUAUUUUGACGCUGAAGAGAUGAACGAGGAAACAGCGAAAAGAUAUGCGGCACCGGUGGAUUGGAACUUUGAUGAACUCAAUCGUUUUCAAACUUAUGGAGAUGUGGAUGAAGAUGAGGAGGAAUCUGAGGAGAAAUUGGAGGAAAUGAAAAGGGAAGCAAGUCAUUGGAAUGAGGAGAGACGAAAAGCGAUUGCACGUGAGCAUUUUUGAAUUUUUGAGCUUCAUCCAUGGCUCUGAAAUUAAAAUUUUACGAUUUACACUAACUCAACCACGCUGAAAACGCUCCUGAAGUUGAAAAUUGUCAGAAAUCCCUGUGAGCACUUUUGUGGAGCUCCAAAGUUAUCCUAACUUUUUUUUUUGGUAAAUUUAGAAAUUUUGGAAUUUUGAAAAAUUUUUGAGCUUCACAUUUGUGCCGGAAAUUUUCCGGUUUUUUCAAGGAUUUCUUCAAUAUUGCCUAAAUUUUGGGAAUUUUUCUCAGUUUAUGAAAAAAUAAAAUUUUCGGAAUUUUUUUCAAAUUUUACGACUAAAAAAUUGUAGAUAAAAAUAAGUUUUAAUGCCAACUUUUAAGUUGCUGAAAAUCGAAAUUUCAGAAUUUUCUGGUUCAAAAAAUCCGGAAAUUUUCCGGCACAGGAAUGUUUGGGAAGUGUUCUAGACUCUGAAAUUGAAUUUUUACGAUUUACACUAACUCAACCACACUGAAAACGCUCCUGAAGUUAAAAAUUAUAAGAAAACUCCAAGAGCAUUUUUGUGAAGCUCCAAAGUUGUCCUAACUUUUUUUGGUAAAUUUAGAAAGUUAGGAUAACUUUGCCGCUGCGCGGAAGAUAGUGCCGCUUACGCGGAAGCUUGCGGUCUACACUCGCUUCGCUCGAAUCAGACCUGUGCCGGAAAUUUUUCGAAUUUUCCGGUUUUCCGUUCCGGAAAAUGAUCAAUAUUGCCUAAAUUUUGGGAAAUUUUCUCAGUUUAUGAUAGAAAAAAUGAAAUUUUCGGAAUUUUUUUUUCAAAUUUUACGACUAAAUUACCUGUGAAUAGAAAAAUUGUAGAUAAAAAUAAUGCUGAAAAUCGAAACUUCAGAAUUUUCUGAUUCAAAAAAUCCGAAAAUUUUCCGAUUUUCCGGCACAGGCAUGUUUGGGAAAUGUUUUAGGCUCUGAAAUUAAAUUUUUACGAUUUACACUAACUCAACCACGCUGAAAACGCUCCUGAAGUUAAAAAUUGUCAGAAAACUUCGUGAGCAUUUUUGAGAAGCUCCAAAGUUGUCCUAACUUUUUUUGGUCAAUUUAGAAAGUUAGGAUAACUUUGCCGCUGCGCGGAAGCUUGCGGUCUACACUCGCUCCGCUCGAAUCAGGCCUGUGCCGGAAAUUUUCCGAAUUUUCCGGUUUUUUCAAGUAUAUCUUCAAUAUUGCCUAAACUUUGGGAAAUUUUCUCAGUUUAUGAUUUAAAAAAAUAAAAUUUUCGACAUUUUUUUUCAAAUUUUACGAUUUUUUGAACGUAAAACGUCUCAUCGAAAUUUCAGAAAUUGAAAAAUUUUCAGAAUUUUCUGGUUAAAAAAUCCGAAAAUUUUCCGAUUUUCCGGCACAGGCCUGUUUGGGAAGUGUUCUAGACUCUGAAAUUAAGUUUUUAUGAUUUACACUAACUCAACCACACUGAAAACGCUUCUGAAGUUGAAAAUUGUCAGAAAACUCCGAGAGCAUUUUUGUGGAGCUCCAAAGUUGUCCUAACUUUUUUUGGUAAAUUUAGAAAGUUAGGAUUCGAGCGGAGCGAGUGUAGACCGGAAGCUUCCGCGUUAGCGGCACUAUCUUCCGCGCAGCGGCAAGUUAUCCUAAGUUAAAAAUUAUAAGAAAACCCUCUGAGCAUUUUUGUGGAGCUCCAAUGUUGCCCUAACUUUUUGGGCACAUUUAGAAAGUUAGGAUAACUUGCCGCUGCGCGGAAGAUAGUGCCGCUUACGCGGAAGCUUGCGGUCUACACUCGCUUCGCUCGAAUCCAAUUUUUUUCCAGAAGCUCGUGCUGAAAUUGAAGGCAAAUGUGCAUUUGACGAAAUGGGUAAUCCAAUUCCACAUCGUUUCGAAUUGCCAAAUCAGGAACCGGAACAAGAUCCAGCUGAAGUUCAGCGUAUUCAACGCCUGCGUCAAAGCUUUCAAGAACAAGUUCAACAGAUGCGUGCUAAUGGUGAACCAUAUUGGCAAUAA